AUGGAUCAAGUCCCGAGAGCUCAGCAAAGCCGUUUCGCGUCCCUCGCAGUUGAGAUCAGGCAGGCGAUUCUCUGUGAGAUCCCAGACAUCGCAAGCUUGAACAACGCUGUGAAGGCGGAUGAAUCGCUGCAGUCUGCCUUUUCCAACUAUGAAUCCCCCAUCCUAGACAAGAUCUUAAACAGCACCCUUUCCCCUGAAUUGCUGCCUGAAGUGUUUGCUGUCCUGGAAUCAUCGCACUUGGAUCCGUGGAGCGAAGAACGAGUAAAUGAGAUUCUCGACCGCUAUGUUGAACGCAAACCGACGCCUAUUCGCUGGACACUGGCUGAUGCCCAAAUCGUCGGCGAUCUCCACUACCAUAUCCAAUUCUUUAUAGACGAUUUUGUUUCAUGGGCGCUUUCCGCGCAUCCUCUCCCCAACGGCGAGAUCCACGCACCGCUGUCGUCAACAGAGAGGUUCCGUAUCGAAGCAGCUUUUUACCGCUUUGAGCUCUUCUGCAACCUCUUUCGCGAGAGGAAUGAUAAAAACUAUGAGAUCCGUAGGGAACGGUCUGAACAAUUUUCGGAGGAUUUCGCCUUCUGGGAGGCCGAGCAAUUAGGUUGCAUCCUUGACUACCUCGUCGACAAGAUAUCCCCAGCCUUCAAUGAUGUCGCAAGGCAUGAUAUAUUGUGGGGCGAAUUCUGCGUCCCCUUCGAUGACUUUGACUUGCAUCCCGAGCCGCACAAAGCUUUUUUUGUAUGGUCAAAGCUCCGACUCCCCUUUGUCAUGUCAUAA